UAUAGAUUAAUUACACCCAGACACCAGAACAAAUGAUCAUGCUCAUCACACAAGAUUUGUCCUGUGCGGGAAUCUAGCCCACGACCUCCGGUAUAGCAGUCAGGUUCACUAACCACUAGACCUACAGGCCCGUAAAUUAAAAUGUUAGGGACCUUUAUACUUGUGGAAAUGGCUCAAGCUGGACUUUUCCUAGCAUCAUCAAGACUAAAUCAUUAAACAGUAUACUAUAUUUUUAUAAUGAUUAUUGCAGUGUUUAUGAUCGAUUCUUUCUCGAAAAAAAACCACUCGUAGACUUCAACAAUAUAUCUUAAUCUUUCUAUGGUAAAAACUAGGUAUAUCUAUUAAAUCUCAGCUUUAAAUCUAAACCAUCCAAAUUAGAAAAUAAUUUCCCGAAAAUUUUAAACCAGCCCACAGUAAUACCCAUUUCAUUUUACAAUCUACAUAAAAAGCCAAAAAAAUCUUGCCUAACAUAAUUCAAAAGGAAAUUAGACCAGGUGUAUCCAUACCUUCCUAGCUCUGCCUUCAGACAAUAUAAGUUCUAAGUGGGGCCUCUACAGUUUUUUUGUCAUUACUCAAGUGGACUGCCGUAGUUUCAGUCAUGGCGUUUUUAUUUGUGACUUCGUUCUAUCUGCUUUUACUUCUCUUUCAUUCACAUUGCCAUUCUAUAGAGAGACCUGAAGGUACCUUAAGUUGGAAUUACUAUCCUGUGACUUUAAUUGAAAACCUUGGAACAAAAACAGGCGUUUCUACUUUCAGCGAAGUAUGCAAGAAACUAAAUCAAGCUCGCAGUCAAAAGAUAAUAUGCCUACUAUGCAAAGGCUUCGACCCUUCUUGCUUCGUACCACCAACAUCUACAACGUCUACAGCAUACACUAUUACUAUACCUACUACGACUCCUGUUUCGCCGUCUACGACUCCAGUGGCUACGACGUCCUCUACUGCUGCUACGCCACCAGCUGAAGAAUAAUACAAUAUGGAAUCUUGAACACUGUAUUUGGUAAUAAUGGAAAUAAUUCACAAAGUAAUUUGCUGCAAAGUAUGUGUGUUUAUAAUUUUAUUAAACCAUAUUUUUUUCUGUCUCGUGGUUUCUCUUAAUGUGUCUUUAUUUACUACUAGUACU